CUAGGGUGACAGCAUGGAAACAAAAAAAACAUAAAUAAUAAAAUAAAAAAAUAAAAUAAACAUGAAUACGUUUUGGCCAAGGAUUAUGAAGAAAGAUUAUUUAUUAGCAAACACUUUUUUUUUCAAAAUGUGUGGACCUUUUCAUUUAUAUAGCAAAAAAAAAAAAAAAAUCCCAAUAGUGAAUAAAUACCACCAAAAUAAAGUUUUAUCUGUUUCAAAAAAAUACAAAAAAAUUCAUAUGGGUACAGUGUUGCAUGAGCAUGCAAGUGUCAUUCAAAGUGUGAUAGCACUGAAAGCUGAAAAUUGGCCUGGACUGGAAGGGGGUGAAAGUGUCCGGACUGGAAGG